AUAAAAUAAAAGCUUUGGUGUGUGUGAGAGAGAGAGAGGAGAGAGAGAGAGAAAAAAUCUGCAGUUUUUUUUAAAAAAAGAGGUUUCUGUGGCCUGUGAUGGCCUCAAUGCCGGGGGCUGGGGCCAGGCUGCCUGGGCUGCUCUCCCAGCCUCCACCCCCAGGGCACCCCUUGCAGCCCCUGCCCCCACCCCCACAGGGGGCCAUGCGAGAGAUCACCUGCGUUACGCUCUGCAAUGUUGGCCAGGAGACCGUCCAGGAUAUUGUCUCCCGCACCAUGGACGUCUUCCACAUGCUUCGUGCUACUCAGCUGCCGAACGGUGUGACGCACAACCACGUGGUUUACCAGGAACGCUACAACAAGUUGCAGGAGCACCUGCGUCAGCUCACGCUCCUCUUCAAGAAACUGCGACUGCUGUACGACCGCUGCGGAGAGACAUGUGCUGUCUCCGACGUGCCACCAACAGAGUUAAUCCCCUUCGUGGGAGAGGAGCCGGGGAGGCCGGAGAGGCAGAGUGCUGGUGGUUUGGGUAGUAAGGAAUGCCAGGAGGUUCUGGGGAAGCUGCGUCAAAAGAACCAGGAAUUGAAGCACAUCACAGACCAACUGCGGAACCUGAUCUGGGACAUUAACUCUAUGCUGGCAAUGCGGAACUGAGACUGCUCGCAGCCAAACACAGCCCGCGCUCACCCAUCACCGCCCUGACACAGCCUGGGGACAAACACAGGCGAGGGCUGGGUCAGGCAGGUACUUUCUCACACUCUGUAUGAUGGGAUUUUUAUAUUUAGUAAAAAAAAAAGGAAAAAAUUUAACAAAAACAUUUUUUUUUACCUGGGAAAUUAAUCUUAACAUUUAAAUAGUUUAAUACUGUAUUUGAUUUAUUUGUUUAGAUGCCAGUUUCAUUGAUUAACUUACUUCUGUGUGUGUGUGUGUCUUAGUCCAGGCUUCUUGUACCAAGUCGAUAGUGUAUGGAUUAAUAUUAAUCCUUGUAUUUGAUACAGCGCCUUAUCACGUUGUUGAGAUGUCUCAAAGCGUUUCACAGGAUAUACUGUAAAGUGGAUUGAUUGUGUAUUUUGUGGGCGAAACAGAUUCUGAGAAAAAAGCCAGAUUGAGUUCAGCGUAAGGUUCUGACAUUGUUUAUCGGUGGUGGGGGGAAGGGGAAGGAUUAUUUGUCUUAAUCCCAGUCAAUGAUUUGCUGCUGGUUUAUUUCUAAAGUCACCUGUAAAUGGUGUUGUUGCCAGUAACUCCGUCCCCAGGCCAGAAAUUCCACCCAGUUAAGACCAUUUAAUAUAGUGCGACAUUUUAAAAUUCUGCUUUGAUUUGGUGCUUUUUCUGCUAUUUAUGCACAAUUUUAAUUCGCCUCCAUAUGGAGGGGAAUAGUCAGUGUUCUGAACCCCCCCGCCCCCACCGCCCGUCCCUAGCUGACAGGGUUGCAGGUGUGAGAGUGGGCAGGGUUUGGCUGUGAUGCCUCUGUGGGGAGAGGGAUGUUUUUUCUAAGUCUAGAAAACCCUGACUGCGCUGCGCAUUUCACAUGCCCUCCCACAGGUCCCCAUUCUAUUCUAGGUAUGUCACUGUCUGGCUGUGUUGAGAGAGAGGAACUGAUGGAAUGUUCUGGAACUUGUUACAGCUGUCGACUGGUUCUGAACUGUAAUAUUUUCUU